AUGGAGCAGAACACUCUAACUCGACUUCUUCUUCUCCUCAUUUUACCAGCAAUUCUAUCCACGACAUCGCAAUCCUCUCUCUUGGACGACUUAUCAAGAGAACCACCCCCUGGCUUCAACCAAACAAUCGCCCGUGACUGCGAAAACGAUCCCACAACCCGUUACUGCAAUGCCUCAGACACCAAAUUGGUUGCAAUCUACCAAUCCAAAGUCACGGCUCGAUACCUCUGCAAUGCCUCCAUGAAUGAGAACUGUGAUUUCGCAUUCACUAAAAUCAGCCUUCAGGGUAGUCCGAACGAGACGCGCCUCUUCCUCUCGCUCUUCUCUUUCUGGAAGUACUGUCGUCUCUCUAUCCGCCUCAUCACCCUCUCGAACAAUGGCCUCAGGGGCUCUUUCCCUAUCGAGAUCUUACAGUGUACACAGAUAGAAUCGUUGGACCUGAGCUAUAACGACCUUGUUGGGUACCUUCCCCUCGACAACCUCUCUGCGCUCACCAAUCUCACUCAUAUCGACCUGUCGUACAACCAUUUUUCCGGCCAGAUUCCGGGGUUCUUAAGAAGGUUCAACUCCUCGGGCUUUACCUUUUCGGGCCUGACGGAAGUUUCUCCUGCAGAUCGUCCAGUUCCGGUGUUGUCUGUGAUCACACUUUUGACACUCCUCGCAAUUUUGGUUUCAAGCGUCGGAUGUCUGUGGUGGAUCUGCCCUCGACAACCUGAUUUUCCUCCGACGGCUCUCCAAGCUCGUGUGCAGUACAUGUUCACGCCAGGCAUGCUCAAGGCGGCGACUAACAAUUUCUCUGAGACAAAUUCAGUGGGCAAUGUUGGGAGGUACGAAGUGUACAAAGGGAUGCUUAAAGAUGGCCGAGAAGUGGCGGUCGAAGUUUGCAGAGAAACUGUAACCUCCGAGGCUCGCAGGGCAUUUGUGCAUGAAUGCAGGAUACUGGUACAAGUGAGACACAGAAACCUGGUGCAGGUGGUGGGUUGGUGUGAUAGGAAGGGGGUGAGGGCGGUUGUUAAGGCAUGGGUGGGCAAUGUGACAAUGGAGAAGUGGCUCUCACAAAGGAGCCACGAUGGAGCACCAUCGUGGCACCAGAGGCUGAAGGUGGCGGUGGGAGUGGCUAAUGCUAUGGGUUACAUAGAAGAGGAGUGGCCUAGGGUGGCCUACGACCUAAGGUCAAGUAGCUUGAUUGUUGGUCCACAUCGGGAGCCUUUCAUUUUUAAGCUUGGAGUUGGCGAGCAUAUCAGUGCCUCAAAAAAGGUUUACAAAUACGGUGCAUUGGUCUUGGAGCUGAUAACCAACAAACGAGCGCGAGAAGGAUUUGGAAGAGGAGAGGCAGAGUUUGUGGAGUGGGUGAGGAUGCACUACCCAAGUCAAGUGAGAAAGGUCAUGGAUGAGGGGAUUAAGAAGACCGGAACCACAUGUGAGCAAGUGGGUCAAGUAGUGGGCAUAGCCUUGAUGUGCACUGACCCAUCACCAGACAGGCGACCCGGGCUUGCUCAAAUGGUGGGUAUGAUUACUGGGAUUUAUGAGUCACCUCCUCCUGUUUGGGCGCAACACAACCCUAGCUCUACCAAUCACGGAAGAGCAUCCAAGGGAGUGUCGAUGCAAUAA